CUAACAUCACAAAGGCUCGCACUGAACCAUUUACUACAUAUUACACAACAGACAGUUAGUUUAUGUAACACUCGGCCCAAGAUAGGACAGAUAUUACUUUACCACAGAACAUGGAGGACGGUGUGUCAUUACCUGGCAUGUCUGAAGUAGAGAAUUCAGACAUCCAGACAGAAAGUAGAAAAGGAACUUUUCUCUACCCAGUGGAUAAAUCUCCACCCCUCAUCUUUCUGCCGCUUCAUGGAUUACAGGAGGCUAUUCUUAGCAUUUCUGGAGUAUUGUCAGCUUCAGUCAUCCUUGCCAAUCAGAUCGGAGCUGGUGAUUUACCGGAAGAGAGAUCACAGAUCAUAAGUCUGUUCCUUUUCACAACUGGCAUUGCGAGUUUAUUACAGGUCUGCAUGGGGUGUCGAUUACCAGUCAUUCAAGGUCCUAACUCGUCAUAUCUCAUUGCAAUUGGUGCCAUUCUCAGUGCCCCAAGAUGGAGUGAUGAAUCUCUGGUUCAGGAUGAAUCUGCGAAUGUCAUCUCAUCUACCUGGAAGAUCCGAAUGAGAGAGAUCCAGGGUAACCUGAUGCUGGCGUCUGGAGCUCAGUUUCUUCUGGGAGUCUCGGGAACUCUGGGGUUCCUCCUCCGGUUCAUCGGUCCUCUGACAGUGGCUCCAACCGUACUUGUCCUCGGAAUUACGCUCUGUCGGUACAUGAUACCACUGUGUGAACAACACUGGGGCAUAGCCAGCUUAUCGAUCUUGCUCAUGUUCGGGUUUUCCAUCUUUCUGGCGAACGUCAAACUUCCAUUUCCUGGGUGCAGCAGGGAGAAGAAGUGUCACGUGACUCACUAUCCGAUAUUUCAGCUGAAUGCAGUGGUUCUAGCUAUCGGGGUGACUUGGUGUUUGUGUCAUGUGCUAACUGUCACAGAUGUGUUGUCCAGCAACUCCACUAGCCAUGGUCACAUGGCCAGAACUGACGUCCGAACAAGCGUCCUCCACGAUGCUCCUUGGUGGUAUUUCCCACUGCCAUUUCAGUUCGGAACGCCGACCAUAAGCUCUUCUGGUUUUGCUGCCAUGUUAGUCAUCACCAUGGUUACCAUCAUCCAGGCACCAGGAUUUUACUCUGCAACAGCCACUGUAGUAGAGUUACCUCCCCCUCCUGCCCACGCCUUGAACAGAGGGAUUACAGUGGACGGAAUGACCAGUGCAAUCAGCGGCAUGUUGGGAGGGGUGUGUUCGAGCGUCGUGUACAUUCAGAGCCUCGGGGUGGUCACUGCGACAAAGGUUGCGAGUCGUAUGGUGUUUGUGUCAGCUGCCUUGAUUCUGAUGGUAGGAGGAGUUGUAGGCAAGGUGGGGGCGCUGUUCACAAUCAUCCCUGACCCUGUGGUGGGCGGGGUCAACUUGGUGGCAACGAGCACCGUGACGGCAGUGGGCGUGUCCAUGUUGCACACGGUCGAUCUGUCUUCCUCCAGGAACCUGCUCAUCCUGGGGACAUCUGUCACACUGGGGAUCCUCCUCCCAGACUGGAUGGCCGCCAACGAAGACUCUAUCAACACAGGCAACGAGGGAUUUGAUCAAGUGCUGGUGGUGCUGCUGUCAACACCCAUGUUUGUAGAUAUUUCUUUGUGUUUUAGGCAACGAGGGAUUUGAUCAAGUGCUGGUGGUGCUGCUGUCAACACCCAUGUUUGUAGAUAUUUCUUUGUGUUUUAGGCAACGAGGGAUUUGAUCAAGUGCUGGUGGUGCUGCUGUCAACACCCAUGUUUGUAGAUAUUUCUUUGUGUUUUAGGCAACGAGGGAUUUGAUCAAGUGCUGGUGGUGCUGCUGUCAACACCCAUGUUUGUAGAUAUUUCUUUGUGUUUUAGGCAACGAGGGAUUUGAUCAAGUGCUGGUGGUGCUGCUGUCAACACCCAUGUUUGUAGAUAUUUCUUUGUGUUUUAGGCAACGAGGGAUUUGAUCAAGUGCUGGUGGCGCUGCUGUCAACACCCAUGUUUGUAGAUAUUUCUUUGUGUUUUAGGCAACGAGGGAUUUGAUCAAGUGCUGGUGGUGCUGCUGUCAACACCCAUGUUUGUAGAUAUUUCUUUGUGUUUUAGGCAACGAGGGAUUUGAUCAAGUGCUGGUGGUGCUGCUGUCAACACC